CAUCAUUUUCUGGAAUUCCAACAAGAGCCCUACCAAAUGAGUCAAGUGCGUCAAGUAUACCAUUCCCACCGGCAAACAAUGUUAAUAAAGGUGCUCAAUAUGAUAGCGAUCUUUACGCCAAAAAAAAGAGAUGGGAAGUAAAUGAUGCCAUCCAACCAAGUCAAAUUCACGAUGUAUACUUCGUGGAUCCAACAGAGGAGAGUCGUCUACUUCUUGAGAAGAUCCAUCGAGGUCAAUUUGUGGCUCUACAUGGGCCUAAAGCAUCUGGAAAGUCCACACGAGUACUACACAUAAUGAACUACUUGCACAAACAAAACUUUAUUCGCAUCUAUGUGUCAUUUGAGGAUAUUAAGGUUACUGAAAGUGAAGACAUUUUCUGGAGUACACUUGGAUCAGCUCUCCAACGUGAUACUGUUCAACAUCUUGGCACUCCAAGCAAUCCUAUAAUUAAAUCUGCCAGCUGUUUCCUAAACACAUUUUUUAAUAGCAAUUGA